AGAAAUAGCAGUUUUAAUUUUUCUUUUUCUCCUUGAAGUCUUAAACAGCAGUUUUAUUAGAAAAACGGUGAAUGAAAUCCAGACAACUGCGCGCAGGUCCUAAAAAGAACUGAAAUUCAAGGAUCUGCGGGCGAGAGAGAAGUGGAAGAGCUCGAUCUGCCAAAUCUCCUGCAGCAUCUGCGAGUGUCGACUCCGAUCCAGAGGUCGGAGAAAUUCAAAUCUGAGACAUUCUGUAUAAGCCAGAUCGGGAAUCCUAAAUAAAAGAUUGAUUGAAGGGAAGCAAAAUGCUGCGCUUGAGGGCAUUCAGGCCGAGCAACGAUAAGAUAGUGAAGGUUCAGGUGCAUCCAACGCAUCCAUGGCUUGUUACUGCCGAUGACUCUGAUCGCGUAUCUGUUUGGAAUUGGGAACACCGCCAGAUAAUAUAUGAGCUAAAAGCCGGUGGUGUUGAUGAGAGGCGAUUGGUGGGAGCUAAGUUGGAGAAGCUUGCUGAGGGUGAAUCAGAUUCCAGAGGUAAACCCACAGAAGCAAUGAGGGGAGGCAGUGUCAAACAGGUUAACUUUUAUGAUGAUGAUGUCCGGUUUUGGCAACUCUGGCGUAAUCGAUCUGCAGCUGCUGAAUCUCCCUCUGCUGUAAAUAAUGUCACUUCAGCCUUUACUUCCCUGCCUCCAUCAACUAAAGGAAGGCACUUUCUUGUCAUUUGUUGUGAAAACAAAGCCAUUUUUUUGGACCUGGUUACAAUGCGUGGCCGUGAUGUACCCAAGCAAGAGCUUGACAACAAGUCACUUUUAUGUAUGGAGUUUCUCUGUAAAUCUACUGCCAGGGAUGGUCCUUUGGUUGCUUUUGGUGGAUCAGAUGGUGUCAUUAGAGUUCUUUCAAUGAUUACAUGGAAGCUUGUACGUAGAUAUACUGGAGGUCAUAAAGGAUCCAUUUCUUGUUUGAUGACUUUCAUGGCAACUUCUGGUGAGGCACUUCUCGUCUCAGGUGGUAGUGAUGGUUUACUUGUACUUUGGAGUGCGGACCAUGGUCAAGAUUCUCGAGAACUUGUACCCAAGCUAAGCUUAAAGGCACAUGAUGGUGGGGUCGUGGCUGUUGAGCUUUCCCGAGUAAUAGGAGGUUCUCCACAACUUAUUACCAUUGGUGCAGAUAAAACGUUAGCUAUAUGGGACACAAUUUCUUUCAAGGAGUUGCGGCGAAUAAAGCCUGUUCCCAAACUGGCUUGUCACAGUGUGGCCUCAUGGUGUCAUCCUCGAGCUCCAAACCUUGAUAUAUUAACUUGCGUCAAGGAUUCACAUAUAUGGGCUAUUGAACACCCCACCUAUUCAGUUCUCACAAGGCCAUUAUGUGAGCUUUCUUCACUCAUCCCUCCUCAUGUUCUUGCACCAAACAAGAAACUAAGAGUUUAUUGUAUGGUUGCACAUCCUUUGCAGCCUCACCUUGUUGCUACUGGAACCAAUAUUGGUAUUAUUGUUAGUGAGUUUGAUGCCACAUCCCUCCCAAGUGUAGCUCCUCUGCCAACACCAUCAGGAAAUAGGGAGCAUUCGGCUGUCUAUGUAGUUGAAAGGGAAUUGAAACUACUAAACUUUCAAUUGUCCAACACAGCAAAUGUAUCUCUCGGUAGCAAUGGUUCCUUGUCUGAAACAGGAAAGCACAGGGGAGACUCAGCUGAACCAUUGCAUGUCAAGCAGAUUAAGAAGCAUAUUAGUACACCUGUUCCACAUGAUUCAUAUUCUGUUCUUUCUGUGAGCAGUUCGGGAAAAUACCUCGCAAUUGUGUGGCCUGAUAUUCCUUACUUCUCUAUAUACAAGGUUAGUGAUUGGACCAUCGUAGAUUCAGGCAGUGCAAGACUUCUGGCUUGGGAUACAUGUCGUGAUAGAUUUGCUAUACUAGAAUCUGCAAUAGCUCCUAGAAUUCCUAUAAUUCCCAAGGGUGUUUCCUCAAGGAAAGCGAAAGAAGCAGCUGCAGCGGCAGCUCAAGCAGCAGCAGCAGCAGCUAGUGCUGCUUCUGCAGCCAGUGUGCAAGUUCGUAUCUUGCUUGAUGAUGGUACAUCAAAUAUCCUGAUGAGAUCUGUAGGAAGUCGUUCUGAACCGGUCAUUGGCUUGCAUGGGGGGGCACUGCUAGGUGUGGCCUAUAGAACAUCUCGGAGGAUUAGCGCUGUUGCAGCAACAGCUAUUUCCACAAUUCAAUCUAUGCCUCUGUCAGGAUUUGGAAGUAGUCCUGGUUCUUCAUUUAGUACGUUUGAUGAUGGAUUUUCUUCACAGAGAUCUCCUGCUGAGGCAGCCCCUCAAAACUUUCAGUUGUUUAGUUGGGAAACUUUUGAACCUGUGGGUGGUCUGCUUCCUCAGCCAGAAUGGACUGCAUGGGAUCAAACAGUUGAGUACUGUGCUUUUGCCUAUCAGCAGUAUAUUGUCAUAUCUUCUUUGAGGCCUCAAUAUCGAUAUCUAGGAGAUGUUGCAAUUCCGUAUGCUACGGGAGCUGUUUGGCAUCGUAGACAGCUUUUUGUGGCUACACCAACUACUAUUGAAUGUGUUUUUGUGGAUGCUGGAGUUGCAGCAAUUGAUAUAGAAACAAGAAGAAUGAAAGAAGAGAUGAGAUUGAAAGAGGCACAGGCAAGAGCAGUUGCUGAACAUGGAGACUUGGCCCUAAUCACAGUAGAAGGUCCCCAAAGUGCUACACAAGAGAGCAUAAAACUAAGGCCACCUAUGCUACAGGUGGUUCGUUUAGCUUCUUUUCAGCAUGUUCCUUCUGUGCCACCUUUCUUGACAUUGCCAAAGCAGACUAAAGUUGAUGAUGUUGAUUUGGCAAUGCCAAAGGAGAUAGAAGAGAAAAGGGUUAGUGAGAUAGCAGUUGGUGGCGGAGGGGUGUCUGUGGCAGUUACUCGUUUUCCUAGUGAGCAGAAACGACCUGUUGGGCCUCUAGUAGUGGUGGGCGUAAGAGAUGGAGUUCUUUGGCUUGUUGACAGAUAUAUGUGUGCACAUGCAUUAUCCUUGAGUCAUCCUGGUAUUCGUUGCCGGUGUCUUGCUGCUUAUGGAGAUGCUGUUAGUGCUGUUAAAUGGGCAAGUAGGCUUGGUAGAGAACAUCAUGACGAUUUGGCACAAUUUAUGCUGGGAAUGGGCUAUGCUACUGAAGCACUUCAUUUGCCUGGAAUAUCUAAGAGGUUGGAGUUUGAUUUAGCCAUGCAGAGCAAUGAUUUAAAAAGAGCACUUCAGUGCCUUCUUACAAUGAGCAACAGCAGGGAUGUAGGGCAAGAUGGUACUGGUCUUGGUUUGAGUGACAUUCUUAACUUAACAGCAAAAAAGGAAAAUCUCGUUGAAGCUGUUCAAGGAAUAGUGAAAUUUGCAAAGGAAUUCUUGGACCUCAUUGAUGCUGCAGAUGCCACUGCACAAGCUGACAUUGCUCGUGAAGCUCUCAAGAGGUUAGCUGCUGCUGGUUCUGUAAAAGGAGCUUUACAGGGUCAUGAGUUAAGAGGACUUGCUCUACGCCUUGCAAAUCAUGGCGAGUUGACAAGGCUGAGUGGCCUGGUAAACAACUUGACUUCAAUUGGCUUGGGACGUGAAGCAGCAUUUUCAGCUGCGGUUUUGGGAGACAAUGCUCUGAUGGAAAAGGCUUGGCAGGAUACAGGGAUGCUUGCGGAGGCUGUACUGCAUGCCCAUGCUCAUGGGCGACCUACACUUAAAAACUUGGUUCAAGCGUGGAACAAAAUGCUACAGAAGGAGGUUGAACAUGGCCCAUCUAUAAAGACAGAUGCUACAGCUGCCUUUUUGGCUUCCCUCGAGGAAUCCAAGCUUACAAGUUUGGCAGAUGCAGGGAAAAAACCACCGCUUGAAAUUCUUCCUCCAGGGAUGCCAUCUCUUUCUACUUUUAUUACUAGUCAGAAAAAGCCUGGUCCUGGUACACAAAGUUCCCAGCAGCAACCCAACAAACCAUUACAAUUAGAAGGACCGCCUGCUGUUAAUUCUGAAACAGCAACUGCGUCAACCACAGCCACUGCUACUGCUACAGUACCAGAAAGUGCACCUAGUUCUACACCAGAUGCAGAAAUUGCUUCACCCCUAUCAGAAGCGGGUGAACCCCAUGGUUCCGUUGAUAAAACCCCUAUGCCGUCCACAGGAAGUAAUCCAGAUUUAGUUGCUUCAGGAGAAAACACCACACCAACAUCUACGGAUAACACAGAAUCAAUAGAGGUACCCCCUCAAAAUCCAGAUAACCAUGGAUCACAAAUUCAAAAUUCCAUGCCCUUGAGUGAUGAUUUUGCUUGAACAUCAAGUUUGAGAUUCGUUAGUGUUGGAAUGAUGAUUCUUUUUAUCUUUAUAUGGAUUGAUUGCGGACAAUUACAGGGUCUAGCGAUACAAUAACAGAAUUUGGAUCAAGAGAUUAGUUUUACUUCAAGUUGAACCCUUAUCUGUAUAAUUUGUUGGUGAUGAAAUCUUAUAUAUGCUUAGAAAUGAUUUGUCUGGGAACUGUUUCAUUAUGGCAUUGUUAGUUGCAGAGUGUCUUCUUAUAAAGGCAACAUAUUGUCUUGAUCUGCUAGUGUUCAGGAUUUUCCAGUGUUACUAACAAAUUUUACCACAUUUUUCAGUUUUAGAGAGAUUUACUAUUUAGUUUCCA